UCCAAAGAGGGACCGUGCACAAGCUUCUGGAAGGCUCGCCAGUUUGCAAACCCACCUCCACCUAUUCACCCACAGCAGGGGAUCGUCUGUCUAAACGCUAACCAUGGACAACCAUUCGUACAACUUCCCCUCAGACUGCACCCCGCUCACCAACUGCAAGUCUGCCCGUAAGCCGGCUGGAUCCACCGUGGUGAACAUGGGCAACGCUGGCAAGAAUCCUCCCCGGGACUAUCUAGUCUGGUCGCUGUGCAACACCUUGUACGUUAACUUCUGCUGCCUGGGAUUCAUGGCUCUCAUCUACUCUAUCAAGGCCAGGGACCAGAAGACUCAGGGCAACCUGCAGCUGGCCCAGGAGUGUUCAGACAAGGCCAAGUGGUACAACAUCCUGGCUGCUGGCUGGAACCUGCUGAUUCCACUGCUGGCCGUUGUCCUGCUGGUCCUCCUGCUGGUCCACCUGGGCACGUCCCAGGGCUCCUUCGACUUCUUCGGAGAGGACGGAUUCCAAAACUUCAUGAAACUGUUCAGCUGGUAGAUGGAGGCGAAGGGAGAGAUAUUAAAAAACAAAACAAUAAACAGAUCAGUCUUAAAGUCAACCAUUCACACGAGCCGGGAGAGGGUAUUUGAUUGGAUUCAGCAGAUGAGGGCUAACAUCAUAGCUUUUAGCCAGUCUAAGCCAAGUGAGAAAGGACAUCUAUACGGAAAUUAAGACCUGUAUUGGUGAGACCGCUCAAUCGCCAGAAUAAAUGUUGGCAUUGUAAAUUUCUGCAAACCAUGGCCACGUUACUUUUGUACAUUACCGUAUAGUGGAUACAUUGAAACUAGUUAGGUUUAGGCACAAAAACCACUUGAUUAUUGUUAAGAAAAGAUCAUGUUUUUGCUUAAAAAACUUGGUACUAGUGGCACUAUCCCAACUGGAAACGCAGCAAUGUCUAGGUAAAAAACAAAUGCUUUGCGUGGCACUAUCCCUGGUGGAAACACUGUGAUGGACUGCUACAAAACACCCAAGCCAGGGGACUAAAAAACCACUGGAAAAAGACGGUUUUGCUGUUGGUCUUGAACAGUGGUCUGCUCUUUCUCGCCUAAGUGACACGCUGCCACCAUCCCUUUCACCUCUAGAUGACAAAGUCAGCUUAUAUACGUCACUUAACAAACGUUUAUAUGUGCAAAUGUAACAUAUCGAUGGUUUACAGAAACCUACAAUGCCAACAUUUUCUUCUGGCACCUGGGCUGAGUGAGAAAACAUCAGUUUGUGCCUUAUAAAAAUGGCCUAUUUGGGAUGCACUGGUACUAACGCUGGUAUCAGAAAUUAGACCAAUAAAAAAACUAAAACAGGUCAUUCAACUAGUUUAACUGAGAGUUAAAAACAGUAGAUAGCACAUAAUACUUUUGGACCAGCAACCCUAAAACUAAUAAUAAAUAUUGUGAGUGCUGCAGGAUAUUAGUACUGGUAUGUCCCAGAUUGCAAUAACAGUAUCAGAGGGAGUUCAGUGUAAACCUGCCAGUCUCCCAGACACGGUCGGUUAAAAUGUGAAGUUGAUCAAAGACUGAAAAGCCUGAACAAACAGUCAAAGGUCCAGUGUGUAGGCUUUAAAGGCAUCUAUUGGCAGGAAUGGUUUAUAAUAUUCCUAACUAUGUUUCUUUAGUGUAUAAUCACCUAAACUAAGAAUCAUUGUGUUUUUGUUACCUUAGAAUGAGCCGUUUAUAUCUAC